AGAAAGAGCAAUAUUAACAAAUGAGCUGUCAAAUCGGACACGACUUCGACAAAAAAAUGACAGUAAAACUCACCGAGGGUGCAAUUGAGGCCCUGACCAAAGGCACUAACGUGCACAGUCCUCUGCUUCAGGUGCUGAACAUUCGUCGUAUCGAGAUGGGUUCUGGUCAACCCCGGUUCCGCCUCAUGAUGAGUGAUGGCUUGCACACCAUGUCCUCCUUCAUGCUGGCCAUCCAGUUGAACAGUCUGGGUGAGGAGAACUGUCUGCUCCCCCACUGUGUGUGUCUACUGAAGAGGAGCGUCACCAACAUACUGAAGGAUGGAAGGUGUGUGGUGAUAGUAUUGGACAUGGAGGUAGUGAAGUCAGCAGAGGAGAUGGGAGGGAAGAUUGGAACACCCACUCCCUAUGUAGGAGUGUUCUCUCCAGGCCAGACUAGCACCCCUGAGAACCAGCUCUCUGCCCAGAGCUACCCUGCUGCUUCUACUGCCUCCCCUCACAACCAACCCAGUGCCUCCUCUUCUACCAGAGGCCCAGGUGGCAGAGGAGACUCGGGGAAGAAGACUCCUACAGCUACUCCUACUACACCUGGAGGUUCUGCCACUAAAGUAGUCCCCAUCGCCAGCCUCAACCUCUACCAGACCAAAUGGACCAUCAGGGCCCGGGUCACCAAUAAGAGCAGCAUCCGUACCUGGAGAAACUCAAGAGCAGAGGGAAGACUGUUCUCCUUCGAGAUCGUGGACAAGAGCGGGGAGAUCAGAGUAACAGCCUUCAACAAGGAAGUGGACAAGUUCUUCUCUCUGCUGGAGACGGGCAAGGUGUACUACAUCUCGCAGGGCAAAAUAAAGAUAGCCAAGAAGCAGUAUAUGACCCUGAAGAACAACUAUGAGAUGACCCUCCAAAGAGAGACAUCCAUCGUGCAGUGUGAGGAUGACCAGGACCUUCCCAUGGUGCAGUGCGACUUCAUACCCAUCGCUCAGCUGGAGCACAAGGACAAGGACGCCAUCAUCGAUGUGAUAGGAGUGUGUAGGAGUGUGGAUGGUGUGAGUCGUAUCACCACCAAGACCAGUAGAGAGGUGUAUAAAAGAGACAUUCACCUGAUGGACACCAGUGGCAAGGCUGUCGCAGUCACACUGUGGGGCGAAGAGGCAGAGGUGUUUGAUGGUUCAGGCCAGCCUAUAGUAGCAGUUAAAAGAGCCCGCCUGUCAGACUUUGGAGGCCGCUCUAUCUCUGCUCUCUUCAGCUCCACUGUCAUGGUCAACCCUGACAUACCUGAGACCCACAGGCUGAGGGGAUGGUAUGAUCAGGAGGGUCAUGCUCUGGAUGGCCAAUCACUGACAGAGUUGAGGCCUGGAGGAGGCGGAGCCAACACUUGCUGGAAAACACUCAGCGACGUCAAGACUGAACAACUGGGACAGGGAGACAAGGCAGAGUAUUUCAGCUGUGUAGCCACAGUGUUGUUUAGUCGUAAGGAAAGCUGUCUGUACCAGGCCUGUCCCACUACAGACUGUAAGAAGAAGGUGAUAGACCAACAAAAUGGACUCUACCACUGUGAGAAGUGUAACAAAGAAUUCCCCAACUACAAAUACUGCCUCAUACUGUCUGCUAUCAUAGCAGACUUCAGUGAUAACCAGUGGGUGACGUGUUUCCAGGAGACAGCAGAGAGCAUUCUGGGUCACAACUCAGAGACUCUGGGCCAGCUUAAAGAUACGGAUGAGGCAGCGUUUGACGAGGUGUUCCAGAAGGUCAACUUCACCACACACAUCUUCCGCAACAGAGUCAAGCUGGAGAUUUACAAUGAUGAGUCCCGAGUGAAGGCCACGGUGAUGGAGGUGAAACCAGUGGACCACAGAGAAUACAGCAGGAGACUAAUCAGCAACAUCAGGAAAAUGGCCGCCUAAAGAAUUAUAUGUUACUUGGUGAAGUUUCCCCUAGGUGCAGGUUUAGGAUCAGCUUCCCCUCCCCCAAUCCAAACAUUAACCAUUAUUGGGGAAAAAAAAGGCUAAACUGACCCAAGAUCAGUGUCUAGGGGAAACUUUACCCUCCUCCGAAUUACACUCAACUGGACAAAAUGGCUGCUUAAACACAGCCCCAGCUGACAUCACUAAUGUUACUGUCUGGUGCAUAUAUUGAUCUGUUUCAAUUGAGCCACAAGAGAUUGCAUUUCCUUUUAAUUUUGGACUAGAAACUGAACAGGGGAGAGAUUUUUUUUAUUAUUUUUUAAUCUAAUUUGAUCUAAUUUACAUUUGAUUACAGACAAAAUAAAUAUAUAUGCCAUUUAGCAGAUACUUUUAGCUAAAGCGACUUAGUCAUACAUACAUUUUACAUAUGGGUGGUUCCCUCAGCCUGUAGCAUCAGAUGGCAGCCAAUUGCAACCAUUUUUAUUUUGUCACUAUUUUCACUUCUUUUGGACAAAGACCUUUUGUAAAAAGACCUUGUAAACAUUGUUCAUAGUUAGAAUGGAAAUGACAUAUGCAUCAUGUUAUAUUUUAUUUAUUUAUUUAACCUUUAUUUUAUCGGGGAGUCUUUUACAGAUGAAUUACAUGAAUUACAGAAAAUACACACAUCAAUAUUAAUGUAAAUGCAAUUAGAAGAAAAACACGGUCAUAAAAAUCAAACACAUUCAUCAGUAAUAAGGUCCUCAAUCAGCUUUCUGAAUUGCCCUAGAGGCACCAAAACAUUUAAGA